UCUCUUUCGGACUCUACACGUACAGGCUCGAGCGAUGAUGUCGUUCUUCGAGGUCGAGUCGCAGUUCGUAGCGCAGUUCCAUGUAUUGGAGCUAGGUGCAGGCCCAGGCGCGGUGGGGUUGGCUCUCGCAAGCGUGUGCGAAGUAUCGUCGCUCCUGCUCACGGAUCUUGAGAGUGUGGUGCCCUUGACUCGAGACAAUGCUCGGCUCGCUGCGCAACAACACGCAUCGAUAGCCACCCUGAUUGCUAGCAACCACCUUGACGUGCAGCCAUUAUGCUGGGGCGAGCCACUGGACAAUACCAUUGUAAGUGGUCCUGUCGAUGUCGUGGUGGCUUCCGAUUGUUUGUACGAGUCGGUAUCGCACUCGGGAUUGUUGUCGACGCUACUGGAGCUGACAGAUAUUUCUAAGCACGAUACUGCAUCUCGGCACUGCCCCAUUGUACUGCUUGCCUACAAGCAACGCAUACCUGAGAAGGAGAAGCUCUUCUUUGAGUCGGCUUCGGAGCACUUUGACAUCGCUGUCUAUUGCAACGAUACGUCAAGUACAUGCACGACCAAUAACCGUGGUGAUGCCAUUGAAUACUACGACGAAGCCAUUUACAUAUGCAAGCUAGAGCGCCGCUCCCAUGGAGCUGGAGCUCUAACAUAACCAAGACAAAUGGACACGUAAGAAAAGACCAGGCAGCUUCGAAAAUGGUCACAGCCAGAACCAUAUUCAAAAACUAAAAUCCACGCAAACGUUAUAUCUUGC